CAACUAGCGAAAAAAAGGGGAUAAAGGCCAACGAACAAAAAAAAAGUGUCAUUUUAAACUUCUUUCUUGAAAGACUCCCGGUAUUUAUUGGAAACCUCAAUUUGAUAUCGCAGUGAUUCUUCUUUUCAAUCUCUCGAGACACCGUUUCGCAACCUAUUCUACAACUGCCUUGUGUUCGAAAACACCUCGUUUUUUUACUAUUCAACUCCCUUCAGUAAUCAGAUACGUACUGGCUUAGCUUGUCGAUCCCCUUCCUAUUUCCCAGCUCCCUUUAUUCAGUAUUGGAGUAGAUAUCAAACGUAUGUAAAAGAAAAGAAGAUAGCCACCACCCAUGGCUUCUUGCUCUUUUUUUCUUUUCGUUUUGGGUCAUUUCGGUUUUUAUCCAUAGUAUAUAGAUUAAGACUUUUCUUUUUUUCUUCUUCCGACCUACAGAACUAUCUCUAUCAUCGCAUUGCUCUUGACCGAAAAUGGUAGACGAGAGCUCAGGUUUAAAAAUCAUACCAGAGCCAGCCGCCGAUGGCGAUACCGACGACGAGAGCCAUGAUAAAUUGGCAGGCUCUACAGACCCAAGCAAACCAAAAAUUACAUUGCAGUGGUUAGAGCAGUAUGAACUUGAGGAUUUAAACGAAUUUGAUAUAGUCAAUACGGUUGAGCAGUUGGCCAUGGCCUCACAAAUUCAUUCAGUGAUGACGGACUUCCUGCAGCAGCCGUCACCGCCACCAUCACCUCCUUGCAAUGCUGUACAGACUGAUGAUAUAACAAUGGAAGAAUUGGACACUUAUACAUCAGUCCCUAUAAUACUACGGUUGAUCUUUAUUGGCGAAGCGCCGGAUGAAGUAAAGAUGAACGUGUUGCAUAAGUUAGGUGAUAUCAAUACCUUGUCGAUGAACACAUGUAGCACGAUGAAAACCUCUGAAGAGGAAUCUCCACGGAUACCACCGUCCAUGUCGACGCAGAUGUCCCAACAUCCUUUGAGUGUGACUGAAACUGACUGUCGUUGGUCUGCCGCACCGGAAGCCAUUAUUGACUACUUGUUGGAAAAAUCUGGCCCACUCGACGCUAAAAAGCCUCCAUGUUUAGACACGCACGCCAUUGAUAUUAUAGUCUACUUUAUCGACACUGAAGCAUCGAAAUUAGAGCGAUCUAUCAAGUUACUGAAGCACUUUAAUAGCAUGCAUACUGCGGUCCUACCUAUUCUAGGAACGCAUCUUGACGCAGAGCCUAGCGAAAGUUGCCAAGCUGCACUGCAAAAGGAAGGCAUAAAAUUUCUUGUGCCCAAACAUGAUCAAACUUGGUCUGAGCAAGAAAUUAACCAAGCAAUCACUGAAAUUUGGCAAAUGGAAAACUUGACACAAGCUGAUCCACCAUGCAUGCAAAAUCUAAUUAUGACGGCCCUCACUACCACGACAACCAUGGCAUUUACGCCAGACAAGGUCACUCCGUCCCUCGAUUUUUCGCCGCCUCCCAAGCCGAAGCACGUUCAUAUUCUAAGAUGCCAAGCGGAAACAGAUAAUAUCAAGGCACUAAAAAGCUUCAUGAUGCUUCUUCUAGCCCUAUUUUCCAUAAUGACUAUAUGGUUAGGUUGGGGCGAGGAUGAAGAAAAUCGACCUGACAGGCUGAGUUCCAAAUGGUUAAAUAUGUCCUUAGAUACCAACGUGCCAUAUUUCCAGGCAAAGCUAAAUCCCAUGUGGACUACCCUGGAUCCGGUUGACCACACACACUAUUUCGUCGUAGAACUGUACGAUCAUGCCGGACAGCGGCUGCCUAGUGAAAUUGGUCAAGAGGAAAUCGUGGACGCAGUCAUUCGAAAGCAGACUCGAGUAGCAGGCGACGUCAUAGAAGAAUAUGAAGUGAUCAAUGUACCGCAUCUAGAGAGAGGCAUCUAUGGAGUGGAAGUUGGAAGCCCAUGCUACAUUGACUGUGUGGAAGAAAUCCGUGUGGAACUGUGGUUGAGUGAAUACGACGUUCAAGUGGAUGGCAGCCCUGUAACAUUAAGUAAAGAGACGUGCACUAAUGGUCGACACGGGUCAGCGACAGGUACACGGGCGACGGAGCCAAGGGUCGUUUUGAAACAGCCUUCACGGUCAAGUCAGCCAAGAUCAAGCAUUAACCCAGACGGGACUGGUAGAGGUCACAUUCUCUUCACGACCAAGAUAAAAAAGAUCGUUCCCAAGACCCACCUGUUACAACGUUGGUUUCGAGCACUGGACUCAUUCUUAACCUCUGUCUUGGACUACUUCACCAAAGCUACUCUGUCAUCUUACCGCUUUCUACCUCAACGUGGAGAUGCCACGUUACGGGACUGACAGAAACCCUACGUGGUACCCGGACUCGCGGAUCGUACUUGAUUGGACAAUCAUUAGCGCAGAUCUCGUGAGCUGCAUUUCAAAUUAAAAAAAAAAAAAAAAUUGCAAACUCCAUUCCCGCUGCACUUGGCUUCAUCUAUUGCUGGCCAUGUUUCAAUGUCAUUUUGGCCAUUUUGUACGUAGCAUAGCAAAGCACCUUUUGACAUGCCUGGUUUUUGCUUAUCCUUUUUCUGUACUGUACCUGAACAAGAUUAUUUGGGAGAAUUUGGUGUGGAAAGAGUCGAUGAUUGGGGGUUGGGUCCUCACUUACUACAAUAAUAAAUGGAUGUUUUGCAC